GGCCCCGGCCCCAAGAUGGCGGAAGGAUGAAGCUAAAUAAAUGGCUGUUGGAAGAAGCACACUGCCAAACCUGCUCAAUUAAUAUUAACUGAAGAGUAAAAUAGGAGGAGGUGGCCAAGCUGGAAAAGCACCUGAUGCUUCUCCGCCAGGAGUAUGUGAAGUUGCAGAAGAAACUGGCAGACACAGAAAGGAGAUGCAAUCUUCUGGCUGCCCAGGCCAACCAAGAUAAUGCCAGUGACACCUUCAUCAGUCGCCUUCUUGCCAUUGUAGCUGAACUCUAUCAGCAGGAGCAGUACAGUGAUCUGAAGAUAAAGGUUGGGGACAAGUGCAUCAGUGCUCACAAAUUUGUCUUGGCAGCACGGAGUGAUACUUGGAGUCUUGCCAGCCUUGCUUCAACAGAAGAGCUGGAUCUGUCAGAUGCUGACCCAGAGGUAACCAUGGCAAUGCUGCGGUGGAUCUACACAGAUGAACUUGAGCUAAGAGAAGAUGAUAUCUUCUUGACAGAGCUAAUGAAAUUAGCUAAUACAUUUCAGCUCCAGCUGCUUAGGGAAAGAUGUGAAAAAGGAGUUAUGUCCCUAGUUAAUGUCAGGAACUGCAUUCGUUUCUAUCAGACUGCUGAGGAGCUGAAUGCCAGCACCCUGCUCAACUACUGUGCUGAGAUAAUUGCUAGUCACUGGGAUGAUUUACGUAAAGAAGACUUCAGCAGCAUGAGUGCUCAGUUAUUGUAUAAAAUGUUCAAAUCCAAGACAGAAUAUCCUUUGCAUAAGGCUAUUAAAGUUGAGAGAGAAGAUGUAGUCUUUUUGUAUCUUAUUGAAAUGGAUUCACAGCUUCCUGGGAAACUGAAUGAAUUGGAUCACAAUGGAGAUCUUGCUUUGGAUCUAGCCCUUGCCCAAAGAUUGGAGGGUAUUGCAACCACACUGGUCAACUACAAGGCUGAUGUAGAUAGGGCAGACAAGAGAGGCUGGAGUCUAUUGCAUAAAGCCAUCCAAAGAGGAGAUAAAUUUGCUGCCAACUUUCUCAUUAAAAAUGGUGCCCGUGUGAAUGCUGCUACACUGGGAGACCAGGAGACUCCUCUGCACCUUGUGGCAUCUUACAGCCCCAAGAAACAUUCACCAGAUGUCAUGGCAGAGAUGGCUCAAAUAGCAGAGUCCCUUUUACAGGCUGGAGCCAAUCCAAAUAUGCAAGACAGCAGAGGAAGAACACCCCUACAUGUGUCAAUUGUGGUCAGGAAUGAGCUUGUAUUCAGUCAGCUUCUCCAGUGCAAACAACUAGACUUGGAACUGAAGGAUCAUGAAGGAAGCACAGCUCUGUGGCUUGCAGUUCAGUAUAUCACUGUAUCAUCUGAUCAGUCUGUAAACCCUUUUGAGGAUGCCCCUGUUGUGAAUGGAACCUCCUUUGAUGAGAACAGUUUUGCAGCAAGGUUGAUCCAACGAGGCAGCAACACAGAUGCUCCAGACACAGUAACAGGAAACUGCUUGCUUCAGAGGGCAGCUGGUGCAGGAAAUGAGGCAGCUUCUCUCUUCCUAGCAACUCAUGGAGCAAAAGUCAACCACCAAAACAGAUGGGGAGAAACACCACUGCAUACAGCCUGUAGGCAUGGCCUAGCAAACCUGACAGCAGAACUUCUGCAACAAGGAGCCAAUCCAAACAUCCAAACUGCAGAAGCAGUGGUUGGUCAGAAGGAUACAUCUUCUCCAGCAGCAGAGAAUGUUUAUCUGCAAACUCCCCUUCACCUGGCUAUUGCUUACAAUCACCCAGAUGUGGUUUCUGUCAUUCUGGAACAAAAAGCUAAUGCUCUUCAUGCCACCAACAACUUACAAAUUAUUCCUGACUUCAGUCUGAAGGACUCAAGAGACCAAACUGUGCUGGGCUUGGCUCUUUGGACAGGCAUGCACACAAUUGCAGCUCAGCUGCUGGGCUCUGGGGCAUCCAUCAAUGAUACAAUGUCAGACGGACAGACUCUGCUCCACAUGGCAAUCCAGAGGCAAGACAGCAAGAGUGCACUCUUCCUGCUGGAACAUCAAGCAGAUAUAAAUGUCAGGACACAGGAUGGAGAGACUGCCUUACAGCUAGCAAUAAAAAACCAGCUCCCUCUUGUGGUUGAUGCUAUCUGUACUAGGGGAGCAGACAUGUCAGUGCCAGAUGAGAAAGGAAAUCCUCCUUUGUGGCUUGCCUUGGAAAAUAACCUGGAAGAUAUUGCAUCAACUCUGGUGAGGCAUGGCUGUGAUUCAACCUGCUGGGGAUCAGGACCAAGUGGCUGCUUGCAGUCUCUGCUUCACAGAGCUAUUGAUGAAAACAGUGAACAAAUUGGAUGCUUCCUCAUCCGCAGUGGCUGUGAUGUCAAUAGCCCCAGAAAGCCAGGCCCAAAUGGAGAAGGGGAAGAGGAAGCUCAUGAUGGACAGACACCCCUACACUUGGCAGCCUGCUGGGGGCUAGAGGAGGUGAUCCAGUGCCUUUUGGAGUUUGGUGCCAAUGUCAAUGCUCAGGAUGCAGAAGGAAGAACUCCAAUCCAUGUUGCCAUUAGCAACCAGCAUAAUGUUAUCAUUCAGCUGAUGAUUUCCCAUCCAGAUAUCAAGCUAAAUGUACGUGACAGGCAAGGAAUGACUCCUUUUGCCUGUGCUAUGACUUAUAAAAAUAACAAAGCAGCUGAGGCAAUUCUGAAGAGGGAGCCAGGAGCUGCUGAACAGGUUGAUAACAAAGGUCGGAAUUUCCUACAUGUAGCUGUUCAGAACUCAGACAUUGAGAGUGUCCUGUUCCUGAUAAGUGUCCAGGCUAAUGUCAACUCUCGGGUCCAGGAUGCCUCCAAACUGACCCCUCUCCACCUGGCUGUGCAGGCUGGCUCCGAGAUCAUCGUGCGUAAUCUGCUGCUUGCAGGUGCCCAAGUGAAUGAACUGACCAAGCAUCGUCAGACAGCUCUGCACUUAGCAGCCCAGCAAGAUUUGCCCACAAUUUGUUCAGUCCUUCUGGAGAAUGGAGUAGACUUUGCAGCUGUAGAUGAAAAUGGAAACAAUGCUCUCCAUCUGGCAGUGAUGCAUGGCCGUCUAAACAAUAUCCGGGUCCUCCUCACAGAGUGCAAUGUAGAUGCAGAAGCCUUUAAUAUUAGGGGCCAGUCACCAAUGCAUAUUUUGGGACAAUAUGGGAAAGAUAAUGCAGCAGCCAUCUGUGACCUCUUCUUGGAGUGUAUGCCAGAAUACCCUCUAGACAAACCUGAUGCUGAAGGAAACACAGUGCUCCUGUUGGCUUACAUGAAGGGAAAUGCAAACCUGUGUCGUGCAAUAGUGAGAGCUGGGGCUCGCCUGGGAGUUAACAAUAACCAAGGAGUCAAUAUCUUCAACUACCAGGUUGCUACAAAACAGCUUCUCUUUAGACUGUUGGAUAUGCUGACAAAAGAACCUCCCUGGUGUGAUGGCUCCAACUGUUAUGAAUGCACUGCCAAAUUUGGAGUCACGACACGAAAGCAUCACUGCCGACACUGUGGACGCCUGCUCUGCCAUAAGUGCUCAACAAAGGAGAUUCCUAUCAUCAAGUUUGAUCUCAACAAGCCAGUCCGAGUUUGCAACAUCUGCUUUGAUGUCCUGACUCUGGGAGGAGUCUCCUAGUAUGCUCUGGAAUUAAAGGGAUUCCCAGUCAGUGCUCUGGAUAGCAGCUCUGCUUACAAGCCCUCUGGAUAGGGAAGAGGAGGCCUAUACAUGUCUUCUGCAAUAGACUGAACUAAUUAAGGACCCUGUUAUGAUAUAUUCUGGUAUAAAUGACUUUGUAUGACUGUAAAUGUAUUGGGCUGUGAUAGACUUCACUAGGAAUUCAAGUGGAUUGUUGAAACCAAAUGACAAAAGAAUUUAGACCCUCUUCUAGUUGCAGUGGGGUAUGGAAGCUCAAGUUGUUGGUUGGUGUUUGAAAUGACACAGAACAGGUCUGUCCUUGACGUGGUGCUUUGCACUGAGCAACUCUAUUAAGUCCUGUGGCUUCCAGGCUGCUUAGUAGAGAUGGCAUUAAGUUUCAGGGUAACCAGGUAUCUUUCUUUGCUUUGUCUUAAAGAUAAAUGUUCCCUUUCUCUAGAGCAGACUCUUUUUGUGAAGCUAGGCUGAGCUGUUGCAACCACUGUUCAUUUUGAGAAACUCUUCAGAAAAGGGGGUAGUUCAAAGCAUAGCUCAAGAAUUGUGGCCUUACAACAGAAAGCUUUAUACCAUCUGAUGCAAAGCAGUCAGAAUUGCAGAUCCACAUCUUGUUACCUCCUCAGUAAGUGUCUCAUUAGCUUUAGCAUGUUCAAGAGAAGUGCAAGGUUGUUUUAGCCAGUAAAUACUCUUGCUCAUACCUGCUAGAGCUCUCAAAAUCUGUGUUGCACUUUCAUAUUUACAUUGCUAGUCCUUCCAGGUCAUGAAACUCAUAGAAAUGAACCUGUGUUGAAACGCUCAGUGGAGAAACACUAAAACUGGUGAAGUAGGCAAACUCACAGUACAGCAAUAAAUGCUGAAGUGCAUUAUGAAUCCCAGGAGGGACAGUAGCACUUCCCUUUGGUUUAAAUACCCUGGUGAACUGCUGCAGGGGAGUCAGUAACCCUACCAGUGCAGAAUGUGCUGCACCUUGAGACAUUAAAAUUGGGUCCAGUUUCAGUAGGAUUUCUUGUGAGUGGGAGUGUGCUGGGAGGCUUCCCAUUAACAUUAGGUCUCUGGCCUUGAAAGAAGGAUUCUGAACUGGCAGUGCAGGGCCAGGCAUUUGGAUUAAGGUGUGGUGUUUGGAUCUAGACUGGUUGUGCUCUCUUAAACAUGCUGAAUGUGUAACACCACAUUUUCUAGGUCAACAGGAAGAAACUUGGCUGAUAGGCAAGGUUAUGGUUUGGUGGGCAAAGGCUUCAGUCUGAAAAAAUGGGUACUUAAGCAAAACUAGAUGCCAUGUUAAGGCUGUUUUUCUUCCCAAGAGAUGAACCUAGUUUAGACUCAACUCAGCAUUCCUCAUCUCUGCUCCAUGAACUGGUGUGCAUUUAUUUAAUGACUGUUAUCUCCAGUGUACAAUAUAGACAGGAUGGUGAGAUAUUGCCCUGUUGGGGAUGGGGACUUGUCAGUUUUAAAGCAAAAUUAGAUGAUAAACCAGACUGCUGCUCUGAUGGGAGACUUGCUUGAGGCUUUUCUCCAACUUGUACAAGAGAAGGAUGGGAGAGUGUAAUUGCUGACAUUUGCACAAUGAAUUUCACAUCAAGUCUCACUUGAUCUGCACUUUGAUCUUCCAAUAUGCAUAUAUUAUAACUGGAAUCUCACCCUUGUAACACUAGAGAAGAAUAAUGGAUGGUGAUACAAACUUGCCUCACUGUUUAAUGUCUGUUGCUGUCGUGUUCCAGCAGAGGGAACACAGCUGGCCUCUAACACAGUUAUUGAUACAAAUGGUACAUCUCUGGCAUGGUAUUUGGUGUGUAAGAGCUGGAAAAUAAUGGUGUCCAAAGCAUACAACUGCAAGAUAGCUUGUUUGGUUGUUUUUUGAGUGAAAUAGGUGGUGGAAAACAUUGUACUUCUAGUCCAUUGCUUCCUGAUGGGCUGGAGUAUCACUGGUUGCAGAUCUCUAGCAGUGAAGGAGAACACUGGUGGGGAAAAAGUGCAUUUGGGGUGAGAAGUCUUGACUGUUGUGUAUCCCAUGAUAACAUGCUGCCUUCCUUCUUGGUUUGGGGCUGUGGAUUGGUAAGUGUGUGCUCAGAAUACUUAAGGAUAGUGAUAAGAGUGUUCAUGCAAUGCUGCAGCCCCUGGGCUUCAACUUUGUUGGCAAACUGCACAGUAUGAACUUGCUAAAGCAUUUAAAUGUUUUUUUUCAGUGACUGGUGGAAGAGGGAACAGGGAGCUCAGUUGUAACAGAAUAAACAACCUUUUAAAUGAUGAAAAAAUUCAACUUAGCUGAAUGGUAAGUCUAAGGCUGGCUAGUUGCUCUUUUAAAAAGUACAAUGUUAAUUAUAACUAUCUGGGAAAUAGAUCAUGCUCCUAGCUUGCUGUUUACAUCCAACACUGUACCAGCUUUCUUUCUCAAUGAAGUCUGUAAGGAAAGUUAAGGUUAUUGAUAAACUAAUGUACAGCCUGAGGCAUUCAUUAAAUUCAAGGCAACUAAAUUCAGCAAAUUGGAUCAUUUUGAAGUGCCUUUGAAAUAGUUUCCUUCCAUCCAACUCGAAACAGCUUUCUGCCAGAGUUACAGGAGGAAAGCUCUCAACUUGAACCAAAACCCAAGUUAGUUCUCUUGUAGUUUUUCAGCUAAAGAGGUUGACCCAACCAAACAAGGUUUGGUGGGGCUCAGUCCUUGAUGCACUCUAUCAAGUAUUGGUCUGAACUCUGAGACCUGAGAUUUUUGGGGGAGUUUUGCAGGGAAUGCUUCACUCCAGGGUACAAAUGGGAAUGGAGGCACUUGGUAAUGUACUAGUGGUCAACACAUUUCUAACUCCAUAAACAACCGCUCUUCCUUUUUGUAGCAUACUACAGUUGUGACCAAAAACCCGAACCCCUCCUGACCCUGCUGUUUUUUAGUGGUAUCCCUUAACUUUAAGACUCCAGUCUGCCAAGCAUUGAAUAAAAAGGUGUCUAAAAACAAAGGUCUGUCCCUGGAAGUGAUGCUGUCAAACCAGGCUCUUCAGUGGAAGCCUGUGGUGGUUCAUACUGUAGCUUUUUGUUCCCAGACUGGAUUCCUGUUGAUUGCAGUCAUCCAGCACUCUUACACAAGCACAAAACGUGGUCUGGCUUGUUUUAAUUUCAGUAUCUGGAAAAGGUGUAGUCACUGUUUCACACCACUAAGUGGAGUGAGAAUGUUAAAGGUACUAACAGCAGUAGCAAGUUGCUGGCUAAAAGCUGACAGAUGCCUUAAUGACUUCCUGUGCUGGAGAGCAAUGGCUUGUGUGACUUCUCCUGUAGUCCUUAUAAAUUAACAUCUAACAAUGUAGGAGGCCAAGGCUGGGUUGGUUUUGUAGAUCAAAUGUUAAUAGGCAAGUCCUCUUUUUCCUGUAACCAGCAGAGUUGGUACUGCAGCAAACUCAUCUCUAGAAAAAUCAGAGCUUGUAUGAGUGACAAAAAUAACAACCUUCUAAUACCCUCUGUGAAAUAGAAAAGGAAGUCUUAGAACAAUGGCAUUUUAUCUGCAACGUUUGUCUGGGGUAAUUGUAAAAAUGUAUUUUUCCAAUAUGCAUUACUUUUGUUGUGUAAUGGUUCUACUUGUAAUAAAAUGCAUAACCAGAUCCUGCCUUGUGGGGUGGAGACCUUCUUAGGAGAAUAUCUCCUGGAGAGACAGCUGCCCCUCUGCAAGCUGUCCUUCCCCAGGCACAGGAGAACCCUGUGUGGCAACUUGGAUUUAUUUUUUUUUUUUGUGCUGAGAUUAUUCCAGGCAUUCAUUUUAACAUCCAGGAACCACUACAGCUCUUCCCUUGGCUGACAAGGUGUGCUGGUCUAGUUUAUACCAUGUGGUCAUCUUGGAGGCCUUGUGCUGUACCUAUAAUCAUCUUUCCUGAGACCAUGCUCACUGCCUCUGGGCCAGAGCUGGCUCCAGGAAUAAAUUGGUUUUUGGCUCAGCUGUGGUUUAUUGGGCAAGCUCAGAGUAACAAACUGGUAGUGCAUUCAGAGCUGUACUGGGGGGCAGCUUUGCCUCCUGGAAGAGUGUAGCUGCUGCAGCUUUACUUCAGGAAAAGGAAAGCUUCAGUGCAACAGCAAAAUUGACCAAAACAGCUUGGGGAGAUUGUGAUGCAUUAAGACUUUUAUUAAUAAAAAAAUCUACUGAAGUACAGAUGAAUGGUGAGCUUUAUUAGAGCACUGUCUAGUGGUGACCCCAGAGUAAAUAUCACUGUUCUUCCCACCCUGUUCUGCUUUAGAAGAAUGCAGCAGAGCUUUUACUUUUGUUG